AUGGGCCUGUGCAUCCUCAUGCCCUGCAAUGUCUCCUACCCCCAGGGUGGCUGGAACGAAUAUACACCCGCUUAUGGCUCCUGGUUCAAAAAGGGAAACAAAAAGACUAAUCAUCUAGUGGCCACAAACAAACCAAACCAAGAGGUGCGAAUGGGAACCCAGGGCCAAUUCCAGGUCAUUGGGAAUCCCCACAACUACAGCUGUUCCCUGGUGAUCAGAGAUGCAUGGACAGAGGACAUGGCAGCGUACUUCUUUCGGGUGCUGAGAGGAAACUCCGUGAAAUGUAGUUUCAGGAACCAGUUCUUUCUGAAUGUGACAGCCCUGUCUUGGAAGCCAGAUGUCUACAUCCCAGAUACCUUAGAGCCUGGGCAGCCAGUGACAGUGAUCUGUGUGUUUAACUGGGCCUAUGAGGG